AUGGCUAUGUCUAGCAUAACUAAAACAGUGUAUACGGCUCCGGCAAAUUCAAAUCCGACUAAAUCAUCACCUCAGGCAAGUACGAAGCCAACAUCAAUCUCGGCUCCGGCAGAUAAAACCAUAACAGAGCCUACUUCCGGUUUGACAGGCAGACGUCUACCAGCGGCUAUGGCUAAGGCAAAUUCUAACCCUACGAUACCUUCACCCCCACCAAAUACAAUCUUUUCAUUGGUAAUGGCAUCGGCAAGUACUAAUCAAACAAAAGCUCAGAAAACAACAAGUGUCAUUCCAGCUGCCUUCAAUGCUCCAAUAAGCACAAUUGUAGUGGUGGCGCAAUCUCCAGCAAGUACUAUUCCAGGAGUUUCAAAAGCUGCAUUAAGCAAUAUAUCAGCAGUGACUAAGACUCAGAGAAAAACAAAUCCAUCAGUAGCUUUAGUUCCGGCGGGUAGUAAAUCGAACGCGCCUUCCGACCCCACCAGUAUUCAAUCCUUGGCCCAAGCAAGUACAAGUCCAUCAAUGGUAUCGGUUCCAGCAAGUAAUAAUUCUGCAUUCCUUCAAAUACCUUUAAAUACAUUUCCAUCAGUGGGAACGGCUUCUUCAAGCGUAACUCAACCAGUGUAUACCGUUCCGGCAAAUGUAAAUACGGCUAAAUCUUCAGCUCCGGCAAGUACGAAGCCAACAGCUAGCUCAGCUCCGGCAGAUAAAACCAUAGCAGGGGCUACGGCUGCAGCAAUUUCUAACUUGGCGUUCGCUUCAUCUCAGAAAAGUACAAAUCCAGCAGUAUCUUCAGGGUUGACAGGCAUAAGUCCAGAACGUGCUACAGCAAAGAUACAUUCAAGCCCUGUGAUGGCUUCAGCACCGGCAAUUACAAAUCUAGCAGUACCUUCAGCGCCACCAAAUGCAAAUGCAUUGUUGAAAAAGGCUCUAACUAGUAUAAAACCGGCAAGGUCUAGUCCUGCUGUUUUUGAUGCUCAAGUAAGCACGAUUGCAGCAGUGGCUCAAGCUCGAGCAAGUGAUAUUCCGACAGUUGUCAACGCUCAGGGGAGCACAAUUUCAGCAGUGGCAAAAGUUCUGAAAAGUCCAAAUCCAUUUGUAUCUACAGUUUCGGUAAGUGGCGAACCACCUUCAACUGCUGCUUCUACAAGUAGUAUUACAUCAUCAGCUUCAGAUCCAGCAAUAAAAAUUCAAGGAAUAAUGUCGGCUCCUGUUAGCAAAACAUUAGCAGUGACAAUGUUGCAAGCUAGUAAAAGUUAUGCAACGGCAUCAGCUUCGGCUAAUACGCGAAUUGCAGUGGUUGCGGCUCCAUCAAGAAGUAAUCCAUCAUUGAUUACAACAAAUAAAGAACCUUCUCAAACGAGUGAUCCAGUUCAAAAUGUCAGUUCAACGAGUGCAAAUGUGUCAUCCACGAAUGCUGUUUUAUAUCAAAUGCAUGCCGAUCCUGUUCAACCAACAUCUGGUACAGCAUUUCAUAUAGGUACAAGAACUAUCGCGAAUGCCACUGAAACGCCACAUGAAAUAACAGCUAGACAAUCAGUCUCUGCGAGAGUGACGACUAACAAUGCUUCAUUACCGACAAACACAGUGACGGCAUCGGCGGUCGGUCAAAGUAAUCCACAAAACAAAAUGACACAAAAUUCUCCAAAUCCUGUAAAGAUGGUUCAUCCUGAUUCGGUCGACAAAAUUGCAUCUCAAAUACUUGCUUCAUUGUUGAGGAUGGCAGGAACGUUUAGUCAGACAUCAUCAUCAAAAUCAAAUUUAACCGAUCGAUCAUCGAUAUCGCGAACACUUACAAAAAGCCUUACAGAUGCUCUUAGGCAUUCUGUGGCGGAGACUCAGGUAGAACUCACUGGUAAUCAGACAGCCGAAUCUCGGCCAACUAUUGCAAGUCAGACAUCCAAGUAUUCACAAGUAUUAGCAAGCCAAGUAGUACAACCUCAACAUAUUACGGCUAAACCAUCUAUAUCUGUAGUUUAUCAGGAAGCUCCGCAUAAACCAGCUGAAGCUUACCAGGCAGUUACAUCUCCACCAAUUACCCAGGCAGUACCGACACAACCUAAUAGUGUGACCCAGGCAGUGACCCAGGCAGUUCAAUCUCAACAAGCUGAAAUGACAAGCGUAACAACACCUCCUCAAGUAAUUCAACGACAUCCCGCAGUUCAACCUCCUGAGCAAGUUAGACUCAACCAGGCUACAUCCCCUCAGCCAACUAUAGGACAUGGUGCAACUCAACCUCGACAAGCUGCAGCCACUCAGACAACUUCACCAAAACCAGCUGUCGUAGAUCGCACAGCUAAACCCCGACAAUCUACAGGAACUAUGGCUACACCAGUUGAGCAUACCGUUGGAAAUCGUGUAAAUCUACAUCAACAAGGUGCUUUAUCCAGUCAAACAACACCGCCUCAAUCAACGAUUGCUGACCAGAUAUCUCAAUCUAAAUCAAUUAAAACAAUACAGGCAACACCGCAUCAACAACCAACUGUGUCAAAGAACGGCGCUUCGGCACAACCAGCUCUGCUUAAGCAUACAGCUCCGCCUCAAGAAGUGGUAACAGUUUCCAAUACAUCUACACAAACAGUUACAAACCAGGUAGCUCUAUUUCAACCAACGGAGGCGCCGUCUCAAACAAUUUCAGCGAACCAAGUAAAUAAAGCAAAAUCAGCUCAUCAAAACAACGUUGCUCAUUCCGUCGUGUCCAGUACAAAUUCAGGAGUAACAUCUAAACAACAAAACUUUGGACAAAAAGAAGCUGGAUUGGCAUCAGCUAAUCAACCAUCAAUGGUGUUCAGCUCAGUAGAAGCAACCAAACAAACAAUAUUCAACAAAGCAGCAGUUAUCGCGCCAACUGUGUUAACGGCUGAUCCGAUAUCUUCUUACCUAAAAACAACUUUAAACGAUCAACUACACGACCGUCAGUUAAAUGCUGAUAAAACAGGCAGAACUUUUAAAUUAAUUACUACGGCUUUGCCGUCGAUAGCAAGUGCGUCGGGUCCAGCGUCAACUACAGUGACACGGGCAACACCACUCAUCGGUACGUCAGCUCGUGGAUUAUCAUCGGGAGGCAACGGGGCUAGUACGUUCAACUCACCGCCAUCUCAACCUAGUGGAACGUCUUAUCAAACUAUCAACGCAGGAGAGAUUUACGCAUUGCAAUCCAACAUUGACAGUGGAGGUAGUGGAUCACGAAUUCGUAGCACACAGGCUAAGGUGAUGGAAGGUAAACAUAAACCUCAAAGAGUCACUGUACAUCAACUUAGCACAGCCGGAACACCAGUCGAUACCGCACGUCCAACUCAAAACCAACUACCGAGUAAUUCGAUCGGUGGGCCGGUUGAUAGGAAGAAGGAUCCCAGCUAUCUGGCAUGGGAGUUUGCUGCUCUAGCGGCCGGUAUUGUUGGUACAACGGCGUCGCCUUAUGCUGUGCAAUUACAACCUCAUAAUGACCCUGUCGUACCUGAAGUUCCCGCUGGUCUGGAAUUUCUGUCCUUCAGUCAACAAAAGGGGCAAACAAAUUCAAAUAAUCUUCUUCAAAAACUCAUUUCAAAUAGUCUAAAUCCUGUAAAGUCCUUGAACAAUAACAAUCAAGGGCAGUUGACGAAUUUAGCCGCUUCCGCGGAACCAGUGUCGGUAAUGACGUCAGGAGGCCGAAAUAACACAGUGAACGCGGGACAAUCUCACAUCUCCAACGUAGCGCAACUUGGGCAACCACAUACGUAUACUUAUGGCGUUGUUGGUGGGGACAUGAAUCAAGCACAAUCCAGUAUCGUUCAGUCCAAUUUUAACAAUCCCUUUGGAUUAGAUCUACCAUCUCCAGAACGGGCAACAACGCAACCGGUCGUGUUAUCCGCAUUCUAUUCCUCGCCAGUGUCUAAAUCAAGAAUAGAACAUGCCGCUUCUACACCUAAAGACGUAACGACACUAUUGUCCAAAACUAUCGUGAAUACCAAAACAGUGAUAACAUCAAAACCAUUGGGAACAAAAGAUGUUGUGAAUAGGAUGCCAGGUACAAUAAACAUGUUAGAGGUGUUGAGCAAUGCUGUACAAAAUCAGCAAGCGCCUACUGCUACCGGACAGGGUAAAACAGUGACCACCGAACAGGGUAAAACAGUGACCACCGGACAGGGUAAAACAGUGACUACCGGAAAGGGUAAAACAGUGACUACCAAACAGGGUAAAACAGUGACUACUGGACAGGGUAAAACAGUGACUACCGAACAGGACGUUACCUAA